CGCGACACUCCGUGUUGAUCUGCGUUAUUUGUCAACGGAAUUUACCGCUAGUAUUGGAAGAAUAAAAUACCGGCAGCGAUCGUGUGCCUGUGUGUACAGUUAGCGUAGUAUAUAUUUUUCUGGGAAGGUGUAACCCCGUUGGAUCGGUUACGUAAAAAUCUCGAUCCAAUUACAAAGCCCGGGAGGGAUAACGGUACGGAAAGUUACGAUAAAUUCGUAUGGGUGACGGAGUGGCUAUUCCAACGUGAUCUUGGCGCGUGCGUUUACACGAUCGCGGAAAUCAAGCGGUAUUAUUACAUGGCGUCUCGUGUCAAUCGUAUCGCCGUGUCGUUCAUGUUCUCCGAAUAACAUUUCACGCUCGGGUACGUGCUGAUGUUGUGUAAGUGACCGGGAGGAAGAAAAAGAAAAAGAAAAUAAAAGAAAGACACGACAGACAGAGAAAUAAAGAGACGGAAAGAAGCGAUCGAAGUAUAUAUACAUAUACAUAUAUCUGCAGGUAUAUAGGUAGAUUAGCAAGGUAUUAAACAAUCAAACUCGAUCUUCCGUGACUGAACAGUGGGGGGUUUGUUGCGUUUACGUGGGCGAGGGUAGGCCUGCGGGAAAAGGGCGUGGAAAAGCGAUCAAAACGAAUUAAAUAGGCAGGACGUAAACGUACGCUAACAUUAUGGGUAAGACGCCAAAGAAGGCGACCUCUGGGGGCGAUGAGAGGAAUUUGUACAAUUGGAGACUCAAGGCAACGACCGCGCCACCAAAUCCUUCUGAAACUAGCUUGCACAAGAGACAGCGCGAAUCCACGAUUUCGAACAGAAGAAAAUUGAGACGUCGACGAAAUUUGAGCUGAAUCGUAUUGCAAAACUAACCACAGACAAUCCAGAUAGAGCAGCUGGAACCUCGAAGAAAAAGAAAUUAAUUAUUCCAGAAAGGAGUGAAGAAUCAGACGCUGUGAAGAUGCAGCCAGAAUCAGAAGAAGCAGAUGCAAAGCAAAACCCAACCGUACAAAUAACGUCUGUCGAAGUGGAUAGUUCUCAAGAUGUAGAAGAAUCUGACAAGAAGUGUGACGAUGCUACUGAUAAAUCUGUUUCAGUUUCAAAGAUAGAAGAGGAUUUAAAGGCGCAAGAGGUAAAUAAAGAAAUAACUGAAAGAACUGAAAAAGAGGAGCCUAAACGCCAGAAGAAAGUGAGUAAUUCUGAUAAAAAUCAAGAUGUGGAAGAUUCCGAGGAGAGCAAUUUAAACUUGCAGUUGGAAGUGGAAGACAAUGUUGAAAACACAAGUGUGGAAACGACGAACGAUGCAGAUUUAAAGAAGCAAGACGACGAGAAACCGUCUUUUGAAGCAGAGGCAACGAAGAGCGACACACAAGAGAAGGAAGAGUUGCAGAGCGAAUCUCAAACAGAGACGGAAAGUAAUUCGGUAGACGUUCUGGAAUUCACAACGUCGGAAAUAUCAGAAACGUCAGAAACCCCGUCGCAGAGCGACGUUCAGAAGGAGAAGGAAGAAGAGAAGGAGAAAUUCGAGGAAGUUGCGACCAAGAACGCGUCGUUCGUUUCAUACGAUCCUUCGAUAAUGUUGAAGGACGUGCAGAUCAAGCUGAACGAUUGUUUGAAGGAGAACUCGAAGUUAUACGAUACGGGUAACGCUAGUCAUAGUACGUUGAACCAGCCGAUGAAGGACAUGUCCUUUGGCAAGACACUGAGAAGCAUUUCCGGGCGACGUUCUCUCAGCAGAAUGCGUCACGUUACUUUACGCGAGCACAGAUACUCGCCAAGUGACUCAAUGUUCGUCAACACAUCGAGCGCAUCGCUACCGCCAGACGAAACGAUAGAUUAUAAGAUCCUUCGUUACAGCAGCAACUUGUCCGAUACACUUUCAACCACGAACGGUAGCCCAGUGGACAGAAAGCGGAAACUGGACGGCGAAGACUGGAAUUCUAUGAAGAAGCAGAAAGUAGAAGCUGAAAACAGCUUGUUACAUAGUCCCAUCAGUUUGUUGAAAGGGCUACGCAAGCCUAUACAAGUCUCCACGCCGGUCUCCGAGUUGAAGUUCCAGUCCGGUAAAUUGGAACUGGACGAGAAUAGUAAAUCGGCGAACGAAGGUAGCAAGAAAUGGUGUGUUAUCAUGUAAAAAUUAUCGUCGGAAUCCCAGCGUCGAUCGAUGAGAAAGAGUUUUUAUAUAUUUUUGCACGCGAAAGAAGCACGGUCCGUGUUAUGCCACGCGUUUGGAUAAACAUGCCUAGGUAUAUGCCCAUGUUAUCGUAUCGUAUCGUUGAGUUAAACCGGAGAAUUAUAUUUCUCCGAUAAGGAGAAACUUUUUAUUAUUAUUACCUAUGCUCGUUUAGGUUUCUACGUCUAUUUUUUUUCUUCAUUUCUUCAUUCCUUCCUUUUGUUUCUUUCUACUGUAAUCUUUAACAAUUGGCUAGUGCUUUGUUUCUUCGAAACAUGUUCAUGGUAUUGUAAUCUCUUCUAAAGCAUUUCUAUUCUUUGUACGAGAUACGUAUUAUAUUAUAAAACGGUGUAAUUCCACACGACAGAGGCUCAUGAAAAAAACACUGCAUUCUUAACGAAUAAUCUUUUAAACUUCGACUAUAUUAUAUUAUAUGUAUAUUGUUAAGUACGUCUUAUAUUUGUCACUAGCAGUUGAGUAUAUUUUAUACGAACAGCAGAGUGUAAUUAUAAAGAAAUAUGUAAUGAUAGAAUUUUCCUUCCCGUCACUCGGGAAGCUAAUUCACAGAUUAUAUUUUUCAAAUAUGCUACGUAUUCUUCCUCGUGCACUGUAUUCGGCCAUAUCGAUCGAUUCUCGAUUAUGUAGACACAUUCGAGUCGUUAGAGAACAUAUCUUUUCUUUUUGUUCGUUUCAGUUUAUGUAUCGCAAAAGACAUCAGAACACGCAACAUAUUAUUUUACUUUUCUGACGUUACAAGAUAUAUUUUCUCAUAUUCUAGACGUAAGUCGAUUAGCAUCGUAGAAGCACCUACUUAAGAGAAAUAAGUUUACGUUUCGAUAAAGGAGGCAACCAAGUCAAUUGGAAGUUCGAGGACAUUGUAAAGUAAUACAAUAUGUUGUUUGCCCUGUGCGUCCACUUGUCGAAACAAUUCUAGAGCUUGCAUUACAUUUUAUCGCGAGAUUCGCGGAAAUCUCAAGUUAGUAAGACUGCAAUGACAAUUUUACUUUGUUUACAUGUAUAGGAUAAAAAUGCGAUUGUUGCGAAAAAUGGCUCGUAUUUUAUGGACAGCACUCGCGACGAAGUUGCUGCCCUUUUUUCCUCCCCGAAACAUUGGACUUCUAAAUUAACGAUGAUUAAACUUUCCUCGAGACAAAUUUACCAAGUUACAUUUCUCACAAGUGAGAAGCACGAUAAAUGCUACAAAUAAAUAUGUAUUUCUGUAUUUAUUCUUGAACAUUUAAGAAAAUAAUUAUUUCGUGUUAAAAUUUUCCUUGACUUGCAUAAAGGAAACAAGAACUUAACAUAUUUAUUGAAACACAGAGCGAUAUCAUGAUAUUUGAUUUGUAAAUCGAUCAAUUAAAUCAAAACUCUCCUUAUCGUGAUACGUUUUUUUUUUUUUUUUUUUU